ACAGGUAUUUUUAUCGCUGGAACAUCUUUGAUGUUAAUGGGAUUUGGCGAAGUGAUUUUUGAUCCAACAAUGUUUAUAGUCUUUUGCUUUGUGUUACGAAUAACAUCAGCAAUUGGGGCAGCGGCAGCUGAAACUUCUGUCCUCGCUUUCGUGCUCCAGAGGUUUCCAAAUAAUACCGGAGCAAUUGCUGCAGGAAUGCAGCUAUCUUGUCUUGGUGGAAAUUCCUUUGCUCCAGUUUUCGGAGGGUUUCUCUACACGGUAGGAGGCUUCAAACUUCCUUUCAUCAUUAUGGGUAUAAUUCUGUUAUGUAGCACUGGAAUUUUAGCUUUUCUGCUAUCACACGAAACAGAGAGUCAGAAAGAUGAUGAAUCAAAGGAAAGCAUAUCCAUUUGUAAAUCUAUGCGACCAUUAAAGAUUCCCGCUGUUUUUAUGAUGGAGUUUACCUCUGUUAUCGGUUGCUUGUGUUAUGGUUUCAUACAACCAAUCUUGGCGCCUCAGUUAAGGAAGCUGGGUCAAAAUAGUGUACAGAUUGGUCUUGUUUUCUUCUUCUUUGCCGGUUUUAACGCCCUCUCAGCGAUAGCACUGGGCUUUAUAGCAGACAAAACGAAAACAAUCUUGUCUCUUAUUUCUUCAAAUCAGUAUUUCAUGUUUUAG